UCAAUUAUUCCAAUAUGGCGGUCAAAACAUAAAGUGAAUUUUGUCUUUUAUGCGUAUAAGAGGAUAUAGAAUUAUUUUCAUAUGACAGGUUUUAGACCAAGAGGGUCUAUCGUACAGUUUAAAUGGCAGGAAACGCCAGAAGGACGAGAGUUUUUAGGAGGAAUUUUGCACCGAAACAAAAGAAAAUCUUUCGGAUUACUUGAGGCCCCAAGCUUACCGCCGCAACUUCCCGUCGAAAAUGUGUCCUACAAGAUCUUCUUAACGGGGAAGCCAGCUGUUGGAAAAACGAGUACUGUAGCAAAGCUGUUAGGGCAAGAAAUUUCCAGUUAUCACGUCGAAACUCCAGGUAUUCAGACAUCGGUGAUAUACUGGCCAGCAAAACUGAAAGAGAAUCAGAAAGUUGUGAUGUUUAAGCUUCAAUUCUGGGACUGUGGUGAACAUGCUAUCAGAAAAUAUGACCAUCAGUUACCAGCUCUCAAAGAGAAAGCUGAUGCAGCACUUUUCUUGUUCUCAUUCACAGACAGAGGAAGUUUUGAUGAUUUGCCAAAUCAGAUAAAUCGCGUUCUGGAUCAAGAAGAGAAGAUCUUGCGGAUAGCUGUGGCAACUAGACUGGACCAGAUCUUGAACAGUGAUUUCACAGAACAGGAAAUUCGAGAGUUUGAAGAACAAUGGCAAGUUCCUGUGCUACGAAUUGCAAAUGUUACUGGUAAACGACUGGCAGAUAGUCGCACCUUGGACGGACGGGCGGGAGUCAUGGAAGUGGCUCCUUUUCUGAAUUCUUUGGUUGAGUUACUGUUGCAACGUGAUCAGGUGACAGUUUCCACCUCAGCUGGACGGAAGGUUACUCGUCAUUCCGCUGGGUCGCGGUCCGCUGCUGAGUUCAAGAUUUAUAUUUGACAUUCCAGUGGUUUGUUAUAUCUAUUAUAUUUCUCGAGCUGAGUCUUCCCGAAGAGAGAUAAGGAAAAAGAUUGUUUGGAAAUUUCGCAUCGCCAAAGUUACGAUCUUUAAUGUCGUGAUUGGUCAUUUAACAGAUGCCAGGUGCGGAAAAAGGUAUCAAAUAUACGGAAAAUACAGGGAACACGUGACUACUCGCUCCUAAGGCUGUGUCAUAUCAUGCAAGGGAAUAGUGCUGAGUGCGGGGAAAUGCCUGACCAAGUGUCAAAGUCACAUGGAACCAAAUGUGUCACUGGUAGCAUGGAACCUGUGACAAACACUUGAAGUGUUGUAUACUUCGUACCAUGGAACAAGUGACGAAGACGGGACGCGUUGUAAACUCGGUAACAUGGAACCAGUGACAAACAGGUGAUGGAGUAAGAAUCUCGGUAACAUGGAGCUUGUGACACGCGUAUGAAAACACCGAACCAGAGUCAAGCAGGGAAACUUUGCUAAGCGCGGGGAGUUCAUGACUAUUGUGUCAAUGUGCUAAAUGGAAAAUUCAUGACCGUAGUCAAGCGAGUGAACAGUGCAAACCGCGGGAAAUACGUAACCACGGUGUCGAUGUAUUAGCGCGGCUAACUCGGAAGUCAGUUGUCUGGCACUGCUUGGGGGCAGUCUUAGUUUGAAAACAUUGAAAAAUAAAUGCUAAAUGGAAAGUGUGAAUGUUUUACAAUGGAUUUUACUUUUAAACUUCGUUGCAUAAAUAUUUAUCCUAGACAAUUCCAGUUCAUAUAUUACUCAAUACUUAGUCUUAAAGUUGUUACUUUUAUAUAUAUACAACACGCUCUUUCGUAAUAACUUAAGGUAUAACUUACAAAAUAUUUCAAACGAAAUGCGGUCAGUGCGCUUGUCACUACCUACUCAUAACACGUAUGUUCGCUACGGAUGGAAAUAAGAAAAUUUACGAUACAGAUGUCUAUGUGAUUGAUGUGGUAUACCUCGUGUUGAGCCAGAAAUACGAGAGAAGUCUAGUUCAAGUGAACGAAGUCUUCGUUUUCCUUUCCUAUAAAGGAUUCGAAAGCCAACUUGGAGUUUUUUGUCUUUCUCAGCUGUUGACCGAGUAGACUUUGGGUUGCUUGGUUAAAUUGUUCAUAAGUUCUUUCAAUCAUCUUCGAAUACAAAACAAGUCUUUUAACUCUACUACUCAUCGAGUCAGAACUUUCAGUGUAGACGAAGUGUUGAAGCGUUUCCUUAAAGAAAAACUUGUCUAGUUACACUGUCGUGUAAUCUGUUAGUUUUGGAAAUUUCUCCACUACUUAGUAGCUCGUUAAAACCAAGCUAUUGUUUUAAAGUUAUGAAUUAUAUAAUUGGUGCGCACAACUCGUUAAUACGACCGAAAUGAUAAAUUUAUUAAUGAGUGAACCUAAAAUGUCUGGAAAUUCCAAAUACUUAAAAAUGUAUCUUAACAGAUACCAUUUAAUUUUGAAAACGUUCAAAUUAAAAGGCGAUUCAAAUGAAUCGAACAAAUACUUCUCUUAGAGAAA